AGCUUUGCUAUCCCUACCUGCUGCGAUGAACAGUUUGUUUUGGUUUUAUGUUUUACUUCCUCUUUACCAACUCCCUUUUGCUUGGAGGACCAACCCAAGCUUAUAUGAGUUUGUUACUGCUGUGAACAACCGUAUUUUGCAGGUUAGAAUUACUUCAUGUGAAUGCGAAAUAGUUCAGAACUGCACAAAGUGUAGGCAGCGUGCGUUUCAUGUCCGUUUUUGCCGAGGCUUCACUCGAAGGCAACAGAGAGGAAUAGACUGACAGCCACUUCACGUCUGCAACUUUAGUUCAUGUCACGCCUGUGGCUUAAAUUCUAAGUGUUUGCUGAUAUAAUCUUGCUAUCAGUAAAGGGAUUCCAGUCUUCUUUUCUUCAACAUUUUUCUCACCAAACCUGAUAUAUUCUAUUGGCUGCUUCUGUUUCAUGUCUGGUGAUGGACAGAAGGCUGCUGAUUGCCCUUCCAAAAUGUGGAGCCAUCUUCUGUUGCUUUUCAAGCAAUUAAUGGUGCCCUUCUAUCAUCAGGUAGCUAUGAGACAAUGCACAGUAAGUUCUUUCCCGCUCUUGGGCUGUUUGGAAUGCAGGAAUUUCACAGAUAAUUUGAAGAAAUUUAUAGGAAACAAUUCAAAUCAGGAAUUGAGAAAAAUUCUCGCAUUCCAAUCGGGCCUGUAUGGCCACUGAACAAUCUCUGGUUGAGUUCAUUUUCUUGUUUUUUAACUGAAUGACUGAGCUAAAAUGAAUAUGUGUGUUGCUGUUAGAAGUUAAAACAAGAUUUGGUACAUUUUAUCUUCAGAGAAAGACCUGGUGUCUAAAUCAAAGGAGUGCCAUCCAAACCUACCUAAAUUUGAGCACCUCUGAAGCAAACCUGCAGGUUGCAACUCUCAAGCAAUUUUUAACCUAGCUUGAUUUCCUGCCAAACAUGCCAACUACUAAUCCAACACAGGCUUAUUUUACUUUGCUUAAUUAAGUUAGCUUAGCCUGUCAGUCAGUCUGUCUGUCUGUCCCAACCCCCAUCCCAUCCCAACCUCCAUUCCUUCCUUCCUUGCCACACACACACACACACACCUGAACAUGUCAGUGUGAGUGAUCCUUCUAUCUGCACCACCUCAUCCUCUAAACCUUAUUAGCCCCACAAGACAAGCACGCAGAAGCAGAGGAGGAGGAGGAAGGAGAAGGAGAAGGAGAUGAAGCCAAUGGCCGGGCCGAAGCUGCUCGUCGUCCACACGUCGUCGAACAAGGCGGUGAACGGCGUGGCGUUGACAUCGCCGGCGUCGCCCAUGCCGUUUCUUGGCUCGUCCCGGUGCCUGUGGCUGGUGGUUUUCCUGGCUUUGUUCACCUGCGUGUCCCUCCUCACCGUGUUCUCCACGGCGCGCGCCUCGGCCGGGGCAGCGUACCAGGCAACGCUGCUAACAGUCAGCGCCGUCGCUUCGGGUGGUGGAGGAGGAGGUGGCGCGGCAGAGGUUGGCCUGCCGGGGUACGUGUUCGACGCGCUGGUGCAGUACGCGGCGGCGGCGGGGAACUCGACGGCGAGCAUGCCGGAGGCGGACGUGCGCGCGAUCGCGUCGGUGCUCCGGCCGCGCGCGCCGUGCAACCUGCUUGUGUUCGGGCUGGGCGCGGAGACGCCGCUGUGGCGCGCGCUGAACCACGGCGGGCGCACGGUGUUCCUGGACGAGAACCCGUACUACGUGGCGCACCUGGAGGGCGCGCACCCGGGGCUGGAGGCCUACGACGUCGCCUACGCCACCGCCGUGCGCGAGCUGCCGGACCUCCUCGACGCCGCCCGCGCCGCCGAGUGCCGCCCCGUCCAGAACCUGCUCUUCUCCGAGUGCCGCCUCGCCAUCAACGACCUGCCUAACCAGCUCUACGACGUCGCGUGGGACGUCAUCCUCGUCGACGGUCCGCGCGGGUACACGGAGGGGUCGCCGGGGCGCAUGGCGGCGAUCUACUCGGCGGCGGUGAUGGCGCGGACCAAGGGCACGGAGACGGAGGUGCUGGUGCACGACUACGAGCGGGAGGUGGAGAGCACGUGCGGGCGGGAGUUCCUGUGCGAGGAGAACCGGGUGACAGGGACCAGCACGCCGUCGCUCGGACACUUCCUCGUGCGCGGCGGCGCCGCCGCCAACCGUGAGGCGUUCUGCGGGCCGCCCGCCGGGAACGCUAACUAAUAAUCUAGUCAUUUUUCCGUUUAGUUUCGUAGUCCUUUUUGUGAUGAUGGGAAAAGUGUUAAUGCAUGUGAUGUUCUGUAAAAUUGAAUCCCGAGCAAUCUUCCUCGUCCAAACAAAAGGUAAAUAUAAUUUGAGAGAAGAAGAAAUAAACGGGGAUUUAUAUAUCUUGCACGGAGUGAAAGAAAUGGGAAUGGAAUUCACUCGCACAAUUGAA